ACUCAUCAGCCGUUGGGAGGCCAAAGGGAUUUGAGACCCUUGUCACUGGGCUGCGCGGUGACUGAAGCAGAAUCUCAUUCUGAAGAGAAUCAGACACAGAUCCCAAACAGAAAUCACUCGGCCGCAAGCAGCUCUCAGUCGCAGCCCGAGCAACGGGGAUCAGAGGGACACGAGCCCGUGGCCAGCAACGCACAACCCGCAGACCCUCUAGCGUCGGACGAAUUCCCGGAGGAAGAAGAGUCGACCCUGACCCCAUCGCUUCGAUCCUUGUUGACUAGUUUGCCGUUGCUGCAGAUCGGCCCCUUCAGACCGCUUGGUGGCUGCCGUGCCCGGUCUCAGCACUGCGUCACACCCCCUGCGAUGCCGACCUUGCCCGAGGAGGAGGAGGGCGGAGAGGGUCGAGGAACGAGUGCGCAGGGCUCCCUGACUGGGAUUACAGCAGUUGAAGCCAGAACAAGCAGUACACCCACAAUCAUUCUCCCAGAGGCCGCCAUCACUACGAUCCCAGAGUUUGAUCCAUCCACACUGCUAAGAUCACACAGCCCUGUUCAGAGCAGGUCCAGCCGGAACUCCAGGGCAUCUCUGUCCUCAGCAAGUUCCCUGACUUCUGUCGCAGACGGCGAUGGCCACGUGUAUGAUCUGUUAAACGACGAGCUCCCAGAUGUGGAUCUGUCGGACGAGGACAAAAAGAAAAACACUGAGCUGCUGGAGGAGGCCAAGAAGGUCAGCGAGAGGUUCCUGACCCGCAGGAGCCGCCGGUCCAGAACCGGGAAUUCCGAGUCACCGACAGCACUCACCCCGUCGCUGAGCCCGAGAACAUCCUUGGACACUUCGCAGAGCAAUUCUGUGGCAGCACAGGCCCAGACCAGUUCUGAGGCAUCGGCAGUGAACGGGACAGGGGUGUCGUUGCCUUCGGGGCAGGUGGGAGAGAAACCACUGCUGUCGCCCAACAGAGACCAAGACAUGAAGAAGCACAUCAGGAAACUCUCCCCGGCCAGAGACGUGCACGAAGCCAGGGAGGUGCCUCCAGCUGCGAAGCUUUCCCCUCCAACAAAGCUAGUUCCCCUCGAUCACAGGGAGAUUCCCUGGCUCGUACCCCCUGCCCACAGCGAUCCCAAACCAUUGAAAAAGACCAGCGACCGACUCAGAACAAACCUUGGCAAGGAUGCCAACUUGGCAGCGGACUUACCUUCGAGCAGUCCUGCCAAGCAGAAGGCAGUGGUGGUGGAGUGCAAACUGCCCCAAGCCCCUCAGGCCUCCUCUCGCUCCAAGACCCCCUGCAAUGCCGAGAUCAAGUCGUUCAGCUCGCAGCCUCCUCUCCUGCGGGCUGUGUCUUGGGAGUGCAUGGAGCUCGACGCCGACCCCCACUCGCCAUCCGAGAAGACCAAGGAUGCGUUUGCGUUCGGCGAGGGGUCUGCGGGAGGCCGCCCCGUGCCCCCCGCCUGCAGGGAAACCCCCUCGCAGCCCCACGGGAAGCUGCACAAACUGGCCAAGCUGCGAGAGGAGAACAAACAGAUGCGGAACCAGAACCUGUCUGGAUUAAGAUUGCCGGAUCUCAGCGAGUCGGCUGAACAAGAGAAAGGUCCAUCCCCUACCCCCUGUACAGCGGCCGAUAAGGAGAGCAAAGGUGGCUCGGACAUCAUGCCUAAUAUCCCUGACUCCCUGCUGCGGAAGCUGAAGGUUCACAGAACCCUGCCUGGAGGCGUACCUCCUCUCACAGAGAAAGAGGUCGAGAACACGUUCAUUCAGUUGUCGCUGGCGUUCAAGAACGACAGCUACACACUGGAGGCUCGGCUUCACCUGGCGGAGAGGGAGAGGAACCUGACUGAGGACAAUACCGAGAAGGAACUGGAGAACUUCUCUGCUGAGCUGAAGUCUUCCACCACUCUCUGGCAACGCCCUGAUCACCGGGACGCUUACCAGCGGCUGCUGGAGACGAUCUCUGUGCUCCACCGCUUGGCAGAAAGGCUCUCUAGCCGAGCUGAAAUGGUCGGGGCGGUCCGACAGGAGAAACGCAUGUCCAAGGCCACGGAGGUGAUGAUGCAGUACGUGGAGAACCUCAAGAGGACGUACGAGAAGGAUCACGCCGAGUUAACCGAAUACAAAAAGCUGGCCAAUCAGAACUCGAACCGCACCUACGGCUCGUACGGAGAGAACGGCGAUGACGGCAUCCCGAGGACAGCACGUUCCAUGUCCCUGACUCUGGGAAAGACGGUGCCUCGACGAAGGGUCAGCGUGGCUGUGGUCCCAAAAUUCAUCAAUUUCCCCAGCCAUCCUCCCAGCACCUCAGGCCCCCCAGCCACACUAACCAUGCCAGAGACAACUAGCCCAGCGGCCACCAGUACAACCACCAGCACCCCCAGCAGCACCGGUCCCAGCAAUCCCAGCAGCCCCAUCAGCCCCAACAAUCCCAGCAUUCCCGUCAGCCGGAUAGGGGUGCAGUGUGGCCCCCCACUCACCCCUCUGGUGGAGAAUGGGAAGCAGAACGGAGCAGGAACCAGCGGCAGCCACACUCCUGCUCAAGGCCAGGGCGAGCGGGAUGAGAUAAGCAAGCCCGAGACAAAGGCCAAGAUUGAAGAGGAAGCCUACAAUAAAGGUUACCAAGAAGGCUUGAAGGCCCAGAUGAAGAAGGAGCUGAAAGAGUUGCCGGAGGAAGAGGAGGAUGAGGAGGGGAAGGGCGAGGAAGUGAGUGCGGACGAGAUCCCGGAGCCCAGCCUCAAAGAGGAAAGAAAGAGCAGCAAGUUGGGUGAAGUCUCGGACCUGAUCGACAGACUGUGCCCGAAGUGCUUGAAGCAUCGGAAUGUGGUGUGGAUUCUGGCCAUGGUGGUGGUCCUCUUGGCUGUUGUGAUCAGCAUCGUCACGUCUCUCCGUUAUCCCUGCGACGACACGACGAACCCGCCCAACGGCAAGAGCACGUGCUCAGCCGUGCAGCAGUACUUGUGGCCUUACUCGGGAACCCGGCAUAAGAACCGUGCACCUGUGUGAGCGGGACUGUCCAUUGCUCUGGGAUUGGGAAGAGGGUGAGGGGGGCAACGAGGGGGAAGGUGGGAUGAGGGGGAGGCCUGAAACGCUGUUGACAUAUCGUUCAGGCAAAACGGAAGCCAAAACCGUCAUGGAAGAAUUGAGCGAUAGCAACGCCACAGGAUUUCCGAAGGAAUCUGUUCACUGGUGUGCGGAGAAAAUGGGGACAUUUUACCUCUUGGCUGUUUACGCCAGAGAGAGAGACCACUGGAGCCGGCAAGGAGCUGAGAAAGGGCGCGUUGGCAUUGCCAACAACAA